GUGUUUCGGAAGCGGGCCUUCGGGAAAUUCUGUUGUUAUUACGAUUUUACCUGUGUCUAUUACGAACUUAGAGCAGACUUUAUUUGUUUUUGCUGCAUAAUAAGCUACAAGAGUAAUCAAACCGCUCCAACCAAGAGCGACACUCUUGUGGUUUAUUCGCGUAAUUUAUAACACAAACAAACAACACAAUAAUAUUCCGCAAGUUGGUCUAAAUAGCCGUUACGAAAUGUAGACAGACUUGUAAUCAGUUUAUACCUACACUUUAUAAGAAAGUUUUUACCAAAAACACAAGAUUAGUAUUCGAAGGUAUAUUGAAAUAUAAAAGACAUUACGACUUAGAAAUAAGUUAUAGUGCUAAUUGCGCAAGUGGCAUAAGCGUAUAUAUUCAGAUAUAUAUAUAUAUAGGGUUCAUAGGUCCGUAUAGUAUCGUUACGUUUAGUGACACACACGCAGAAUCGCUGAAGUUUGAACGUAUUGUUGUUUAAUUACUGCAGAGGUUAAAGUUUUUUGGGGGGGAAGUUACAGUUGAUUAUCGCAGACUUUCGUAUUUGUUUAGUGCCUUUUAUUAUUUUGAUUUUGAUUUUGGUGGAACUAGUUCUAUUUGCCUCGGUGCUUGAAAAAUGACGUACAAAGAUGUUUUAUUGGAAAUUGGUGAAUUCGGCGCAUACCAGAAGCGGUUAUGCCUUGUUAUCUUUAUGAGUACGAUGACCUGUGCAUUCGGAACCCUAACCAUGAUAUUCACAAUGUAUACGCCCGACCAUAGAUGCAAGAUACCUGUUGUGGACGAACCACUUCCCUAUAUAAACCAGAGUGUUUUACAAAAUAAGCUGCUGUCAUUUCUUAUUCCUGAAGACGACGAUGGAACCAACUUGGCCCGAAGGAAAUGUAACAGAUUUAAAACUUCAGGAUUCGAUUUGAGGAAUAAUGCUAGCUGGGAUGAGAGUCGGCUCAAUGCAAAUGUCACAAAGACUGAGAUUCCCUGCGAUAAGGGUUGGCAAUUUCUAGACGAAUCUGUUUCAACCGUUGUGACUGACUUCCAACUUGUAUGCGAAGACGCUUGGUUGAAACCUUUAACUGUAUCCUUAUUUAUGGCUGGAGAAGCAUUUGGGAGCGUAAUUGGUGGAGUAUUAGCUGACAGGUUCGGAAGGCGACGGGUUUUUCUGUGGGGCAAACUGAUAGAAUUCACUCUUUACUUCUUGGUUGGAUUUUCUCCGAAUAUCUCAGCUUUUAUAGCACUUAUGGCGGUCACUGGUGCUUUCGUUUAUUUGCCAUAUACCUCUGCUUUUGUCUUAGGCAAUGAGGCGAUGGGGGACAACCAUCGCAACAUCAUAUCUUUAUGUGUAUAUGGGGGUUACUGUUUUGGAGCGGCAACCGUACCUAUUAUAGGGUAUCUCAUUUCAGACUGGCGUUGGAUAAUGCGAGUGACUGGAUUAAUGGGGAUAUUGUACAUACCAUAUUACUGGAUUAUUCUGGAAUCUCCAUACUGGCUUCUUUCUUCCGGUAGAACCGAGGAUGCCCAACUAGUUCUUUGUAAGAUGGCUAAGAUUAACGGCAAGAGUUUGCCGAGCGAGUGCAAACUUAUUGAUAAGUUUAAUAACCCGGCAUUCAAUGAGAACAAAGAUCCAUUGAUAUUAAAAGAAAAUAACGUCCAAAAGAAUUCCCACGAGUACAGUUUUCUGUAUUUGCUUCGUAGCCCCACUAUGCGGUGUCGACUUGUAGUCGCAUACAUAUCAUGGAUAGUAACCAACAUGGUGUACUACGGAUUGGCACUCAACAUAACUGCUUUUAGUGGUGACCGAUACGUCAAUGCAGCAGUCUCAGGAUUGCUUGAGUUCCCAGGCAUCAUCGGCGGUUUCUUUGUAAUCCAAUGGCUUGGGAGGCCUCUAUCGUUGUCACUUUUUAUGGGAUUUGGGGGAAUGUGCUUAGCAGUGGCACCGUUUAUAAAACAAGUGAAUCAAGUUGCUAUGACGGCCAUGGUGAUUUUGGGCAAGACGUCACUUAUCGGUGCUUUUUACAUCAACUUCAGUAUAACUGGGGAAAUGUCACCCACACUGCUGAGGAAUAUCAUGGUCGGAUCUGCAUCGGCAGUUGGGAAAAUAGGAAGCUUUACAGCACCUUACCUGAUGUUUCUUGGUGAAACUACGAGUGAAUUCGUCCCCUUCAUAGUAAUGGGAUCGUUGGCGUUGAUAUCAUCUCUAAUGUCCAUUCUUAAACUGCCUGAAACCAAAGGAACAACUUUGCCUGCUCGUAUAUCUGACGCAGAAGCUCUGAAAACUCGUUUUUAGUACAAAGUCUCGUAUUUAGUCUAUACUCGCGUUUUAAAAAAGAACCUAAAGAAUUGCUCAUAUAUUCCAGAAUCGCGCAUUUAGUCUAAAUUGGCGUAUUUAUUGUAACGUUCAAUCUAUUUUAAUACAUAUCAGUACAAGA